CCGCCUCACCCAUCAGCUGUUGCUGUCCGGGCCCUGCGCGCCGGGCGCCGAUUGGUCGCCGCGCGGCGCCGCCCGGCCCUCGAUAUAAGGCGGAGCGGGCGGGGAAGGAGCUGUCGCGCCCGCGGUGGCGUCGGUGGAUGCGCCGCGGGACGGUGCGAGGUGGGGCCGGGACGGACGCCUGUACUAGAAGCUAGUGGCUAGAUGUCAUUGUGUAACCCUGGAAAGCCAAGAGUAAAAGGGAUUCGGGAUGCGGAACAUCUAGAGACCAGUGUGAUCCCUCUCUGCAGGGGAGGUGUGAGGAGGAACACUUGCCGGAUGAGAUCCAAAACUGGUGUGACCUUCAGCCUUCUAAUAAGGUGAUUCUGAAACUGAGUAGAGGACUCGUAGCCUGAGCUCUAGUAGCUACUCAGUACAGAGAGUACUGGCUCCAGACUCCUUGAGUGGGAAGGAAAAGAAGAUAGGCCUGCAGAAGGAAUGACUUCUACGCUUUAACUCAUUGAGAAGUGGAAUUGAAGUGCUUUGAGAAAAUGACCUUGAAUUUCAUCUAGUUGUCAUUUUCCUAGAAGGUCAUACUGAGACCAUUGCAGUCUGUGACUGUUAAAAAGGGGGAGGGAGAAAUACACUCUCACAGUCCAGUUAGAGGAGUUUGAAGAUGCAGCAAGCCUUAUAGUGAGGACAGAAGAAUCUCCUUAGAGAAGUCAGACAAUCUGAAAUAGUGACCAUGUCUAUUAUGGAUCAUAGUCCCACCACUGGAGUGGUGACAGUUAUUGUUAUUUUAAUUGCUAUUGCGGCUCUUGGUGCCUUGAUACUGGGCUGCUGGUGCUACCUGCGUCUGCAGAGGAUCAGCCAGUCUGAAGAUGAGGAAAGCAUUGUGGGCGAAGGAGAAACUAAAGAGCCCUUUCUUCUGGUGCAGUACUCUGCUAAAGGACCUUGUGUAGAGAGGAAAGCUAAGCUAACUCCAAAUGGCACAGAAAUACAUAGCUAACUUGGAGCAACACACGUAUAUGGACUCUGCUUAUGAUGUGUGUAACCAGAAGAAUCUCUAUACUGUGAAGAACCUGGUCACAUGCACACUACUCAUCAGAAAACACCCUGAUGAGGAUUAAAUAAGCUUUGAUUGCAACUGCAUGCACUGAGAAGUUGCACUUUGCAUCAGCUGUGUAUCCUAAUUCCUCUACAACAGGAGCUGACUCACCUGGCGUAAUGUCCAUUGCCGGCAAUGGA